AUGGAAAGUUUUACAACUUGCACAACUUAUCAAUCGGUUCAAAACGACUCCGUUACAGACGAUCCUUCGCGAUCUACUUCCAUCAUAAGAGAAAUGCCUCAAAUUAUGUAUUACGAAAUUGUUGGUUUUACUGCCUUGCUUACUAAUGGAACCUUGGUCCAUCUUAUAUUAACACACAGAAAAUUGUGGAAAAUUCAUAACGUAAAAUUGUGUAGUAUGUCAACCAGUGGCCUCUUUUUUGCAUUAUUAUUCUGCCUUCCUUAUCCUAUAACAGUUAUUUACCAAGUCAAUUUCUUAUGUUAUCUCAAAAAUCCUCUACGCAAUUUCCUAAUGUCUUGCAUUUGCUUGCAUUUAGCCCUGAUAGCAGUAGAUAGAACAAUCACGAUUAUUUUACCAUUUAGUUAUAGUAAGGUAGUAAAUCGCAAAUAUACCUACGUUUGCCUUACGAUUAUAUGGCUUACGGCACUCGUUGGAUCAUUUUAUCCACUUUUUACUUUUCGUACUCAAGGCCAGAAUAGCACCAAAAAUUCGUGUCCUACCAGUGGCGAAAUUACCGAUGAAUUAACUUAUACACUUGCUUUUUAUUCAUUUUGCUUCUUAGGUCCUUUGCUGAUCAUGAUAUCUUGCUAUGGUUAUAUAUUUUUCAUUUCUCUACGUCAUUUAAAAAUGAUCAAUAACCAUCAAAUCCCUUCAUUUCUUCUAGUUCACAAUCGAAAAAGUCAGCUCAUUGCAAGGCGAUUUAAAGCGGCAGUACCUUUCAUAAUAAUUACCGGUACUUUCAUUGCUUUAGUAGUGCCGCAAAUUAUUUGCUCUAUGGUAGCAUUAAUAUUAGGAUCUUUACCUUUUAGUAUAAGAGUACAGAGUCUUCAAUUGCUAAUAAAUUGUUUAAAGGCAUCAAGAUAUGGCUUACGCGAAUUAGCCUUUUCGUAUCCAGCGCUAAAUCCGUUAAUAUAUGUCUACUUUAGCCGGGAUAUUCGCCAUGAAAUUAUUAAUAAAUUUGGUAGACCACUAGCUUACCUAUCACGAACCCCAAAUACUACUGCAACAUUUAGGACUGCUUAA